AGACUAACUGAGAACGUUGAAAUAGUGAGACGCAGCCAGCACAUUCUCAAUACACACACAGGCAGAGGCAAGGAUAAGAGACUUUUAUCUCCACAACUUUGAUAAUAUGAGCAGUCAAAUGUCAACGACCAACGGCACCGCUAGUUUGGCCAAUGAGGACCGGACAAAGGAAGCAAUACGGAACUGGACCACUCAAUAUCGAUUAGCUGGUCAGUUGGAACUUGCGAUAAAGAUGUGGUCAAGUGAAACAUGCGAUUUGACCAGAGCUAAUUUCAAAAUUCUGCGCCAGCUUAUAACUAAAGGCGACACUAAUUACAUUCUACAAACGCUGGCACCUUUCAUAGAAAAACUGGCAAAGAAUAUAAGUCCAGUUGAUGAAUAUUUGUUUGCGGGGAAGGAGGCAACUGUGACUUUAAGCAAGAUUCGCAUCGCCGAGAUUCUUGCAAACGGUUUCUUUUGCACAUUUGAUGACAAAAUUGCCACUUGCCGGGACUUUCCACCCAUCAACUUUUCUAAUCUUUACAUUGACUCAUCCACUGCCUGGUUUGAUGCGAAACUAGAAAAACUGAAAUGUCUCAUCGAGUACUUCAAACAAGUUUCUGUCCAACAAGAUGAAUUAAAUGAAGAUCACGUUUCCUUUCAAAGAAUUUGUGUGACGGAAAGUUUGGAUUGGUUGAACAGCACGUUGCCCCUGAGCGAGUUCAACAUCAAUAAUAGUGACAGUAUGUACGAGUGUCCAGACAACAUGGCUCAAGUCAACUUUGCAGACUGCAAUAUUGGUGGGGGAACGUUGAAGGACAACUGCUGCCAAGAGGAGAUCAAAUUCAUAACGUGCCCCGAACUGAUCGCUGCACGUUUGCUUUGCCAAGAAAUGAAGAGUAAUGAGGCAAUCGUAAUUAGCGGUGCCUUGCCAUAUUCCAAGCACAGCGGAUACGCCAGCCUGUUUAAGUUUGCAGGACCUGCCGAUCAAAAUGCAAAUCGUUCUUCCACCUUGAUUGCAAUCAACGCCACUGAUUUCUCAUCGGGCGAUCCACAUCGGCAAUUCACAAAAAAGUCCAUCGACAAGGAACUGCUGAAAGCCUACGCCGGUUUCUCAAAGUGCCCGCUGGAUACGAUUGCAACUGGGAAUUGGGGCGGUGGAAAUUUGAAAGGUGACUCGGAACUAAAAAUGCAAAUCCAGUGGCUGGCAGCUUCCAUGGCCAAAAAGAAGCUAGUCUACUAUUGCAACGGAGAACAAAAAUUGAUUGAUAGUUGCCUUAAUUUGAAGAAAGAAAAAUCAACGAAUAUUGGCCAGCACUACACUGUAAUUCUUUGCCGCUACGAUGAGGAUUUUUGAAAAAGUUUCUACGCUUGUCAGAAAGAUGGCGGAAAAUAAUGUUACACCAGAAUGAAAAGCGAAAUCUCCCCACGACGAGCAGAGUCUAUCAGAAAAGAAUUAUACAAUCUAAAUGCAUGUAUGUAUAUUCAGAGUAUUUACUUCCAGUCACAUCUUUUAUGGUUUUACUUUCCAAAGGUAUACCAGAAAUUAAUUUCUUAAAGUUAUCAUCAAUAAUUUUGACAAAAAUAAAAAAUAAUUUUGGAACCUUUUCUAUUUUUUUUUUUUUUUUUUUAUGUUUAACCUGGACUUUUAUUGAUGUUUCAAUUUAGAAUUUGACGGAAGCAAGAUUUUACCAAAGAAAUUUAAUUCAUUCUAUCGCUAAACAUGGAUUAAUUAAAUAAUUUAAUUGUGAUUGUGAAGUUGCUCUCAGAAGGAUUAAAUAUUUAUAUAUCAAGGCUGUUUUUUACUUUUGUUCUGUCAAUGUAAUUUUGUUGUUAUUUUUUCUCUUGUAACCAAUCAAAAUAAAAAAUUUGUAAUACUGGA